CAACCCGACAGGUUUUGUCACCCUGUCAUCUAAAGGAAGUUUUGCUGAAGCGUAAUAUACUUCCUCGUACACAAAUAGUUGAGCAGAGUUGAGAUACCCGUAUUCCAGGCUGGUGUGGGUAGAUAUACUGCUGUGACAUCAUGGCGGACACUACACUUAUCUUCGUCUUGUGUGCCCUUGCACUUCUGAGCGCUGCCGCUGAAUCUAAUAAUGCGACAGAAAAGAUAAUGUUUAUCACAGACAGUGGUGCACGUUUAGAAGUCAACGGGAGCGUGUACCGAUGCACCCUGGAUGGCAGGUCCAGCUGCAGUGUUCUCCCGAUCCACACCCCCAACCCCAGAUGCCCUGUAUACGACCCGGUAGAGGACUACGUCUACUGGUCCGACCAUGCUCUCAUGUCUGUUUGUAGGGUCAAGUCUUCAGGAGAAGACUACGAAACGUGGGUGAACGUCUCCAGAGGUUUAUAUGGAAUGGCCCUUGAUCCCGAACUAAGGGCAGUCUUUGUGUUCGACCUUAAGGAUGAUGAUAAUAGCUCCUUGUGGAAGAUAAACAUGGACACAAAGAUCCUGACAAAGGUUCCGACUGAAAAUUCACUUGUAUGGGGAAUCGCUAUUGACACUCGGAACAAGAAGUUGUUUCUAGCAUUUACCGCAAAAAUCACAAUGAUGAACUACGACGGGAGUGACUUUGUCACCCUACUAAACAAAAAGAAUGGCAACCAUUUUGGUAUGAUGUUUGACUCGGAAGGUCACAGAUUGUACUACGCCGACACUUCAGUGAGCACUUUGGGAUCCCUGGACUUGGAGACGAACGUUACCACUGUGUACCGUAACGACACUGUAUAUCUGUCUGUUCAUGAGUUCGAAGGUGUUCUGUAUGCUGGGCCUUAUGGAGACAGGGGCACAGUAGAUGUACUUACUGGAGGCUGUGGGCCACGCUCCUAUGUGUACUUUAACACAUCCAUUCUUGGGGGCAUACGUGCUACUGUCUUCAGGACAUAUGGCUGUCCCUCUGGGUGGUAUGGUCGGAUGUGCACCCGGGAAUGUGGGAAAUGCGUCAAUGGAAGUGCUUGUGACAACAUCGAUGGCCAUUGUGCAGAUGGGUGUGACACUGGCUGGAUUGGCGACACGUGUACUACUGAUUGGAACCUUGUUGUCUGGGCGCUGGUGUCUGUAUGUGUCUUUCUGGGAUUGGUGGUGGUGGUUCUCGUGAUCCUCCUGGUCAGAUGUAGAAGAAUGGUGAUGACGGACAAGCAGAAGAAGACAGGCGUUGCUGCUGGUGCCGUGCGAAACCCCACCUACCAGAAUGACCCGACAGAUGCUGGAGAUGAAAUAACAAGUGUUACCCAACCGGAUCACGUGUACGAGAAGAUGCGCCGUGUGCUGCCCCCUGUGUAUGAGACGCUACAUGCCUAAGGGGUCAUGAUAUUUGUGCCAUGCCCCUGUAUGAGACGCUGCACGUCUAGGGGGUCAUGAUAUUUGUGCAAUGCCCCUGUAUGAGACGCUACAUCCCUGGGGGUCAUGAUAGUUGUGUCAUCCCGGGGCCCCCUGUAUGAGACGCUACAUGCCUAAGGGGUCAUGAUAUGUGUGUCAUCCCCCUGUAUGAGACGCUGCAUAUUUAGAGGGUCAUGGUAUUUGUGCCAUGCCCCUGUAUGAGACGCUACAUGCCUAAGGGGUCAUGAUAUUUGUGCCAUGCCCCUGUAUUAGACGCUACAUGCCUAAGGGGUCAUGAUAUUUGUGCCAUGCCCCUGUAUGAGACGCUACAUGCCUAAGGGGUCAUGAUAUUUGUGUCAUCCCCCCAUAUGAGACGCUGGAUGUCUAGGGGUAAUGGUAUUUGUGUCAUUCCCCUGUUUGAGACGCUACAUGUCUAGGGGGUCAUGGUAUUUGUGCCAUCCCCCUGUAUUAGACGCUGGAUGUCUAGGGGUUUAUAUUAUUUGCGCCAUCCAUACGAUGUGAUGGUCUAUGUUCCAUCCGCGGUGUGAGACGUUACAUCUAAAAGAGGUCAUAUUCAUUGAUAGUCUGUGUAUUGUCGGUCGGUAUGAGUCAUUACAAAUUAAGAGAUGAAUAUGUUUUUGCAAUAUAUGUAUUGUCGCCAUUCAAAUAUAUAUAUUAAACCGAUUUGAUUUGUUAAUAUAUUGUAACAUGUGUCAGUUGUUUGUCUUGCACAUAUAUUGUAAAAUAUUAUAGCUAUUUGGUAUACAAUUUACUUUGCUAUACUGUUAAACCAUUGCUUUGAACAUAUACCUUAAUAUGUAAUAAAGACAUUAGGGUUGAAUAUUUACCUUACUAUGUAAUCCAGCCAUUUGGUGUGAACAUUUACGUUUGGUUUGAACAUUUCUUUUGAUGUGUAAUGUAACCAUUUAGUUUGAACAUUAAUUUUGGUGCUUAUCAUAGUUCUUUACUAAAUAGUGCAGCUAUUUGCGUUGAACAUUUACAUUCAUAUCUACAGGUAGGCUAUUCAGUUGAAACAUGUAUUUUGUUAUGGGAAUGUAUUUUUGUUGCUUAUAAUGUCACAUUAAUUAACGUUUAGUUAUUAUGGGUCACAAAAGUUUGAGGUGCUGAAUGUUGGUGUGACCUCCCAUCUUAAACUUGGACUAUGUAAUUUCACUGAUGAGAGUGCGCUGAGGAGUUGCCUCCCUUUGUUUGUUUUGCUUCUGGUUGGAUUGUGGAAGCUGUGAGAAGAUCGUAGCGUUGCAUGUUUUUUGCUGGAAAAACUGUAUAAUUGUUAUGUAAGGAAUGGUUGUUGAGAUGUAUGGGGGGCGACUUUGGAUUUACGCUCAUCUGUUAGCUAACAUCUACGUUUCAAGAGGCCUCGUUUACAUUGAACUUUCAACAGCUGUCAACGGUCUUCAAUCAGUACAUCUGUUUUUACUGGGAACAUGAAGACUUGGUGAGUUAAUAUUUUAGAUUUGUGACC